AUGUACAUCUUCAGCGGCGGCUUCCUCAAGUAUAACCUCCACCGCGUCGUACCUGCCCUAGUAGGCACACAAGUGGUGCUCUGCGCUGGUCCCUUGCAAUGUUCACGCGUCCUGGCGACUCUAUUGUCCUUCGCGCCUUCAUCGAAGAGAGCCCCAUGGUUGCGCGCAGUUGCGGAUGUUCCUGACAAGAGCGUCUUCGGCAGUGACCAGACAUCGAAGGAGUGGUUUGCGCGGCGGAUUGAGUACCAGCGUACAAAGAACCAGAAGGGACCCGAGACUUGGCGACAGAGCCGUGGUACGGAGCACUGUCCUGAUGCUGCUUGA